AUGGCCUCGCUUUUGGGAACUUACCCGUGGCCCGAGGGGCUGGAGUGCCCGGCCCUGGAAGCCGAGCUGUCGGAUGGGCUGUCGCCGCCGGCCGCCCCCCGCCCGCCAGGGGACAAGGGCUCGGAGAGCCGCAUCCGGCGGCCGAUGAACGCCUUCAUGGUGUGGGCCAAGGACGAGAGGAAACGUCUGGCGGUGCAGAACCCGGACCUGCACAACGCCGAGCUCAGCAAGAUGCUGGGAAAGUCCUGGAAGGCGCUGACCCUGUCGCAGAAGAGGCCCUACGUGGACGAGGCGGAGCGGCUGCGCCUGCAGCACAUGCAGGACUACCCCAACUACAAGUACCGCCCGCGCAGGAAGAAGCAGGCCAAGCGCCUCUGCAAGCGCGUGGACCCCGGCUUCCUCCUGAGCUCCCUGUCCCGGGACCAGAACGCCCUGCCCGAGAAGCGGGGCGGCGGCCGGGGGGCGCUGGGGGACAAAGAGGACCGGGGUGAGUACUCCCCGGGCGCCGCCCUGCCCAGCCUCAGGGGCUGCUACCACGAGGGGCCGGCGGGCGGCGGCGCCCCGGGCAGCACGGACACGUACCCCUACGGGCUGCCCACGCCCCCGGAAAUGUCCCCCUUGGACGCGCUGGAGCCGGAGCAGACCUUCUUCUCCUCCCCGUGCCAGGAGGAGCAUGCGCACUCCCACCGCAUCCCGCACCUGCCCCGGCCCCCUUACUCCCCGGAGUACGCCCCCAGCCCUCUGCACUGCCGCCACCCGCUGGGCUCCCUGGCCCUCGGCCAGUCCCCGGGCGUCUCUAUGAUGUCCACUGUCCCGGGCUGUCCCCCGUCCCCUGCCUAUUACUCCCCCGCCACCUACCACUCUCUCCACUCCAACCUGCACGCCCACCUGGGCCAGCUCUCCCCGCCUCCCGAGCACCCGGGCUUUGACGCGCUGGAUCAGCUGAGCCAGGUGGAACUCCUGGGGGACAUGGAUCGGAAUGAGUUUGACCAGUAUUUGAACACUCCUGGCCACCCAGACUCUGCUGCAGGGGCCGUGGCCCUCAGUGGGCACACCCCCGGCUCUCAGAUGACACCCACGGGCCCCACAGAGACCAGCCUCAUCUCGGUGCUGGCGGAUGCCACGGCCACGUACUACAACAGCUACAGCGUCUCAUAGAGCCGCAGGCCCGCCCAGCCCUGCCUCCGCCCUGGGCACUGAGCACGCCCCUCUCUGACCUGCGCCGAACUGCCGCCCCACCGGCACGUCUGCACUGAGGGACCCUCAGCGAACCGGCUCUGCAGAUCCGAGAACCCUCUCCAUCCCCUUCCUCCCCGGCCCCAACCCCCCGCAGCCUGCAUUUUGAGUAUAUUCCUUCAAAUGAGUUGUCAUUGGCUACACCUGGAAUAAGGCCAGGGCGUUUUGGAAAGACACUGGUUCCAGGUAGAAUUUUCACGGACCUCUCCUCCCGGUUCCCAUCUCAGAAAUAAACGUGUAAAAAGCCCAGCCGCGUUCCCACCUGGGAGCCCUGGGCUGGGAUCCGGAGACCCAGGAUCCUCAGAGGACUGGUGAUACCCUGACUGGCCUCUCCUUCCCUUCCAGCCUGUUC